AUGCUUAUAGUAUUAGCAGUUGCUUUCCUUUUUCUGUGUGUAAGAGCUGCAGUUGUCUCAGGUGUUUUCACCAGCUUCGACUCUCUUGUUUUCCAGAACGGGGGUAACUAUCCAUUUGAUGGACCAGCUAAUCCAAGUUGGAUUGCCACUUUGAAAUGGCAACUUGAUGGCACUAAGGUUGCUCCUGGUGACACAUUCACCUUAGACAUGCCAUGCACUUUCAAGUUCACACAAACUCCUGCUGAUGCACCAGUACUCCUUCAAGCUGGUGGAAUCACUUAUGCUACAUGUCAAACACUUGGUGGUGAAAUCAUUGUUCCAUAUUCUCAAUUACAAUGUACAGUUGAAAAUGCUGUUACCACAAGCACCCUUGCCUCAGGAUCUGUUUAUUUUCCAGUUGUAUUUAAUAUUGGUGGAAGUGCUACCCCUGUAGAUUUGACCGAUUCUAAAUGCUUUGCCAGUGGUGAUAAUACUGUUACCUUCAAUGAUGGUGACACCAAACUCUCUAUUACUGCAAACUUUGAAACCGGUUAUCCUGCUUCUGGAGUCAACCCCACUAACAUCAUUUACAGAAACAGGUUCCUCCCUCAGCUCGGUGAGAGCCAACACUUGUUAGUUGCUGGUCAAUGUCCAAGAGGUUACACUUCCGGUACUUUGGGAUUCUCUUUCAGUGGCGGCAAAUUAGAUUGCUCUAGUGUUCAUGCUGCAAUUACCAACCAAUUGAAUGAUUGGUAUUUCCCAACCGACGCAGAGACAGAUUUUCUGUUCACCUAUACCUGCUCUGCUUCUGGCUACCAAAUAACAUACAAGAAUAUUCCUGCCGGUUACAGACCGUUUAUAGAUGGACUUACGUCGGCUACCGCAAAUUUACUUACUGUUUCUUACACUAACAAGUUCGUUUGUGUCGGAUCCUCUAUCAAUAAUGACAAGAGCACCAAAGUUACAUGGAGUUCUUAUCAGAAUUCCGAUAGCGGAGGUGAUGGUCAUGUCAUUGUUCUCACUACCUCAACUGGCACUGGAUCCAGUACCACUGUGACUACCGCUACUGGUAAAAGUACAAAUACUAUUAUUGUAAUUGUCCCAACCCCAACUACAACAAUCACCCAAACUUACACCGGCACCGUAACAACCACCACCACCGUUACUGCCACUUCCGGAGGCACAAACACUGUCAUUGUGGAAGUUCCAACUUCUUACCCACCAAACCCAACAACUACUGUGACAUCGACUUGGACUGGAACAGAAACUUCAUCCACCACUGUUACUGAUACACAUGGCGGAACUGAUACUAUCAUAGUUGUGGUUCCUUCGAAUCCAACCACAACAUUAACAUCCACUUGGACUGGAACAGAAACCUCUUCGACUACUGUCACUGACACUCAAGGUGGAACUGAUACUGUAAUUGUUGUAGUCCCU